AUGGCUGCGACAACACCUUUUGAGAUCGCCAUCGACGAGGACGUGGACUCGUUGACCGACGUGUCGAGCAGCGGAACUUCACUGGCCGACAGCGUGCUGCAAUACGAAUACAAGAACGGUCGCCGCUAUCACGCAUACCAGGCUGGAAGCUAUGCGUUCCCCAAUGACGAGCCCGAGCAGGACCGGUUGGAUAUGGUGAACCACAUAUACUACCGCGCGCUUAACAACAGGCUCUUCCUGGCCCCCUUCGACCCGGCAGGGAAAAGGAUUCUUGAUAUCGGCACUGGCACGGGCAUCUGGGCAAUCCAGUUUGGGGACUGGUAUCCCGAGGCUGCUGAGAUUGUAGGCAAUGAUCUGAGUCCGAUCCAGCCCGCUUGGGUUCCGCCUAAUGUAAAGUUCCUGGUGGAUGAUGUUGAGAAGCCCUGGGUUCCCGGGGAGGAGUAUGAUUUUAUUCAUUGUCGGUAUAUGGCCGGGAGUAUUAAAGACUGGCCCAUGUUAAUACGGCAGUGUUUUGACAACCUGAAGCCCGGCGGGUGGCUUGAACUGCAGGAGACGACGAACAGGCCAUACAGCGAAGACGGGAGCCUCAAGGACGACAGCUGCAUUAGCAAGAUGAUGGAUGGCCUGAUUCAAGCCUGCAAUAAGAUUGGGCGCACCAUGAACCCCGCGCCGGAGAUGGAGCGCUGGGUGCGCGAGGCUGGCUUCGACAAGGGGCAGAUCCUGACCGAGAAACUAAAGCUGCCAGUGGGCAUUUGGCCCAAGGAUGCAAGGCUGAAGGAGUGUGGCGCCCUACUGCGCGUGAACUUCAUCGAGGGCGUAUCAGGGUUUACGUCUGUGCUGUUUAGCGAUGUGCUGGGGUGGACGCGCGACGAGAUCGAGACGCUGAAUGCGGGCGUGCGCGCGGAGUCGCUGCGCAAUGACAUCCAUCCCAUCUUCGAUUUUCAUAUAAUCAGCGCCCAGAAACCACUUUAG